GUAGUGAAUUUUUCAUCUCAUUGGCUGGCAGACGCUUUUGGCCGGCCACAUGUGACUAGGUUAUGUCGAUGUAAACAAGUCAAAAUUUCAUUUUAAUUUCUUGUGAUCUUUAGAGCUUUAAUCUUAAAGUUUGAGGAUGGCCGCUAAAUUCAAGAAGGGUAGAGACUCGAAGAAAACGAAACAGAAGCCUGUAAAGAAAAAUGUUCAAUACGAAAGCGAUGAGUCCUUAGGUGCUGACGAGAGUGAAGAUCUUCAGUUUGCUUUCAACUUGGGAGGAACCCCUGUGGAAAACGAUGUUGAUGAUGACUAUAUUGAUGACGAUGACGAUGAACAUGACGGCUCUUCAGAGGAAGACGGUGAUGAUGUGUUGGAGACUUUAGAAAAUAAUUUUGAAAAUAAAGAUACCCGCAAGCGAAAAAAUUCCGAGAAUGUGGAUGGAUCUGAUGCAACUUCGUUAAAAAAGAGAAAAAAGAGUAAAACAGCUGAUUUGCAGAAACCCCCUACAGCUCAAGAAGUAGCUCGUUUACGUGAGACUGAAAAUCUCUUUCACUCAAGUCUGUUUCGUCUUCAAAUUGAAGAGAUGAUUGGUGAAAUAAGUAUCAAGAAAAAGCGAAUUUCAUCCUUCAUUGAAUGGUUUUCUUCCUUAAAACAGUGUCUUUCAAAAAUUAAAUCAGGAGAGGUGUUAGAGCUAAUGGAUCAAGACUGGCUUGAAAAUUUGGGUGUAUCAAUUCCUGUAGUUCAAGAACCAUUCUCUUUGAAAGGAUCCUUCAAUUUCAUCCCUCCAUCAUCCAUAUCCAUUGUUGGCUCCCAUGCCAUUGGUUGUAGCCUUGGCCCUCACUUAAAUGUGGAUAUUGCUAUUGAAAUGCCUUCAAAAUGUUUUCAAGGCAGUGAUCACAUAAAUCAUAGGUAUCACCGCAAACGCGCUCUUUACCUUUGCCAAGUGAUUGCUCACCUUAAAGCAAGUGGCAUAAUAUCCAGCAAAGAGGACUUUGUUCCUCGUUUUGAAUUGCCACGAGCAUCUAAUCCUCUUAUACCUGUUGUUGUUGUUGUGCCAACUGGCGCAUUGCAAGGGCGAGCACAGGUACAUUUGCACAUAACAGUCCCAGAGGAGACAUUCAAACUUUCCAAACUAAAUCCAUCCAAAAAUUCUGUGCGGUCAAAGUGGCUUUUUAAUGAGAAGACUGUGAGCGAAGGAAAAGACUAUGCCACACCUAUUCACAACGCAAGUAUUCUAGCUGAUCUUGUUGCAAAACAAAAUGAGACUUUAAAGCUUGAAACACUGGAAGAUUUCAAAAACAUCAAAGAUGGGAUAAUACUUCUCAAAGUUUGGCUCAGGCAAAGGGAGCUUGAUCAAGGAUAUUCGGCAUUUGGUAGUUACCUGAUGACCAUGCUGGUGGUUUACUUGCUGCGCAGUCGGAGGCUCUCCUCUCACAUGAGCAGCUAUCAAGUUGCUCGUACUGUAUGGAAUUUUUUAAAGGAGAGUGAUUGGACUUCUGAUGGAGGUGGCUUGACUCUAUGUGACAAAACUACUGGAGGUGCACCAUCUCUUUCAGAGUUCCAUGAGCAUUAUGAAGUUGUCUUUGUUGAUUAUACUGGUUAUUGCAAUCUUGCCGCUCAUCUUGAUGCAAUAUCUUUUAAAAGAAUCAAAUUAGAGAGUGCAAUGGCUGUACAGUACCUUGACAAUCCAUCAGUUAACAGUUUUCAAGCUCUUUUUAUGAAAACUGCACCUUUCUACAGACGUUUUGAUCACAUUUUAUGCUUUACAAACAUUUCUUCUCUUGAAGAAAUGAACAAGAAGUUUGCAUCAAAAAAAGAAAAGCUUGACAAAGGACAUCAUUCAAUUGGAUUAGCUGCUUAUCUUUUAUUGAAAGUUCUGCAAAAGGGCUUGGGGAAAAGAGUAUCUGAAUGGGGAAUCCAUAUCCCCCAAAAAGUAUCAUGGCAAAUUGCAGAUCAACCAACACCCUCCCAGGGUCCUCUGUUAAUUGGGAUUAAUCUGGAUUCAGAGCAUGCCUAUAGUGUUUUGGACAAAGGUCCACCUGCAGAUAUGCCUCAGGCUGAAGAAUUCCGGAAGUUUUGGGGUGAUAAGUCAGAGUUGCGGAGAUUCCAGGAUGGAAGUAUUUCGGAAGCUGUUGUUUGGCUUUCAGAAAAAGAUAUAACUCUAUCUCAAAGAAGAGUGAUCAAUCGCCAAAUCACUGAAUAUCUUCUUAAAACAAAAUUAGGUUUGGAUACAUCUAAGUGCCUUGUUUAUUUAGCAGACCAAUUGGAAGAAACUUUAGCCUUGACCAAGUGCAAGCCUGCCACAUUUUCAUAUGGCACUGGUGAGGAGGCAACACUGGCGGUACUUUCAGCUUUGGACAAACUAGCUGCUCAGCUUCGGGGCUUGUCUGACCUACCCUUGGAUAUUAGCGGAGUUCAGGGAUCAUCUCCAGUAUGCCGUUAUACAGAUGUAUUCCCACCACUCUCCACUGAUAGCCAUUGUAGGCCUGGAAGAUUUAUAACAAAGGCCAAAGAAAAUUGCAAUGUUUUGGCUGCAAAAGCUCAUUAUUCUCAUGCACCUGAUUAUGUUUCUCCAGUUGAAGUGGUUCUGCAGCUAGCUUUGAGUGGGAAAUGGCCUGAUGAUGCACAGGCUGUGCGUCGAGUUCGCACAGCAUUUGCUAUCCAGAUAGCCGAGAGCUUAAGGACUCAAUGUGGCCUUACUACACAAGCUUUCCCAAAUUAUGUGGAUGUGGUCAAGGAUGGAUUUGUUUUCAGACUGAGAGUGGCCUAUCAGCGAGAGCCUGCCCUAUUACGGCAGUUUGUCAUGCCCGAUGGUAUGGUCAAAAUAGUAGAUAACAAGGAGGCACAAAUUUUAGAAAGAGAGAUCAACUACUUACCUAAAAUAACAAGUUUUUUACACGGCUUGCAUCAACAGCAACCUGCAUUUGGCCCAGCUGCAUGCCUUGCUAAGAGAUGGAUUUCAUCUCACAUGAUACGAUGGAGCCACUUUCCAGAAGAUGCUAUUGAACUUUUGGUGGCCCAUUUGUUUCUCUGUCCAGAACCGUUUUCACCCCCAGCACAGCCUCAGAUUGCAUUUUUGAGAUUCCUUCAUUUAUUGUCAUCAACUAAUUGGCAUUUAGAACCAAUAAUUUUGAACUUCAACAAUGAUAUGAACAGAGAAAUUGUACAAGAAAUCGAGCAUAGAUUCACUUCAGAGCGUGCUCAACUGCCAGCUCUUUUCAUAGCAACCCCCUCUGAACAUCUUAAUUCAUCAUGGACCAAAGAAGCUCCCAGCCUUACAAUUUUGGCUCGAGUUGCUCUCCUGGCGGCAGAGUCCUUGAAAGUAUUGCAAUCAUGUUACUUGACUGAAAGCCAUUUAGAAACCAACAUGUGGAAGCAAAUAUUUAGACCAUCAUUGGACUGUUACAAUAUAAUCAUUCAUUUGAAUCCCAGUAUGAUUUCUCGCAACUCCCAAUGGAUUGAUGCGAAGGUAUCUGAAAAAAUUUUUGCUCUGAAUCCUUAUAAGAAAGGUGACAAUGAGAAAAUACCAGUUGUUGGAUAUGAUGCUGUUCAAUGUUACCUACAGGAUCUGGAGGAGGCAUAUAGUGACUUUGCCAUGUUUUUCCAUGAUCUUUAUGGUGGCAAUGUUAUUGGGGUUGUGUGGAAACCACCUGCAAUGGAGCCCAAAGACUUCAAGAUAAGCCACAUGAAUGGACGGAAACUUGAGGUCAAUCCUACUCAACUUACUCUGAACAAGGAAGCUCUUGUGGAAGACUUUUACAUAUUAGGGAAAGGACUUGUCAAAAGUAUUGAUGUUAAGGAUAGCUCAGUUUAAAAGAGCACCUAAAUAAUAA